GGCGAAAGUCGUUCACUUUUCGUGAUGAGACACAACUCGAAUGUCCCGGCUUUCCUCACCAAGCUGUGGACGCUGGUCGAGGAUGCGGACACCAAUGAACUUAUUUGCUGGAGUCAGGAGGGCAAUAGCUUCCUGGUGCUGGAUGAGCAGCGGUUUGCCAAGGAGAUGCUCCCAAAGUUCUUCAAGCACAACAACAUGGCUAGUUUCAUCAGGCAGCUCAAUAUGUAUGGGUUCCGUAAAGUGAUGCAUCUUGACCAAGGCAUUGUCAAGCAAGAGAGAGAUGGUCCUGUGGAGUUUCAGCAUGCUUACUUUAAACAUGGACAAGAUGACUUGCUAGAGAACAUCAAAAGGAAGGUUUCGAACACUCGUCCUGAGGAAAAUAAGAUUCGACAAGAAGACCUCUCCAAGAUCUUGGCGAGUGUUCAGAGUGUUCACAGCAAGCAGGAAAACAUUGAUGUCAGGCUCGCAACACUGAAAAGGGAGAAUGAAGCUAUGUGGACAGAGAUUUCUGAUUUGAGACAGAAGCAUGCCCACCAGCAACAACUUAUAAAGAAGCUUGUGCAGUUCAUCGUCACAUUGGUACAGAACAACCACCUUCUGAAUUUAAAGCGUAAAAGGCCAAUUCUCAUGAACAGCAAUGGAAAGAAGGCCAAAUAUUUUCAUGAGCUAUACGAUGAUAAAGUUUGUGUAGAACAGUCACCUGUCAGCAGUCGGAAUGGUGUUAAGGCCUCCGAAGUAUCAGACGACGUCAUCAUCUGUGACUUUUCGGACAACGAUGUAGAUAGAGCCACUGAGAUCACCGAUGGGUCACCCAGAAAUAACGAGCAUAGUGAUGUUGAAAUAGUGGAAGUAGAAUUGGACACCUGCCCAGUGCUGGAAGCUGAGGCAGAGGCUUGCAUAGAAGAUGUGAAAGAGGCCGACGUUGUGGGACAGCUAAGGAGCGGCACUUUUGACAGCAGCAGACCAACCAGCAGUGCUCUUCAGCUCAAUAAACCUGCUGGUCUUAGCCUCGAAGACCCUGUCAAGAUGAUGGACUCCAUACUCAAGGAGAAUGGGGCUAUCUCACAGAAUAUUAACCUUUUGGGAAAGCUGGAGCUGAUGGACUAUUUGGACAGCAUUGACUGCAGUCUAGAAGAUUUUCAGGCCUUGCUAUAUGGGAAACAGGGCAUCGACAUUGAUACGUUUGAGGAGAGUGCUUUGUCAAAACAAAACCCGGCACAACUGAAUAGAAGCAAGCAGGUGGAAAACAAUACAGACAAGCAGCUGGUUCAAUACACUUCCUGCCCCCUGCUGGCCUUCCUCGAUGGCUGUAACGCCCUUGCUGAAGUGGACAUGAGCGGAGGGAGCGGCGCCCAGGCGGACCUCGGAGGGGGAACCCCCUCCGAGCUGCUGGACGGCGGCAGCGGGGAGUCGAAGCCACUCGGCCGCAGCUCCCUCAUCCGCCUGGAGCCCCUCACGGAGGCCGAAGCCAGCGAAGAGACUCUUUUCUACUUGUGUGAACUGAGUCCCGACGGACCCGAGGCCAUCUGCUCCGAGCUGGACGGCAUGUAA